AUGAAUACACAUAUGAAAUUUGAUACAACUCUUCCACCAGAACCUAUUUGGAAAAGGGCAUCAAGAAACUCAAGAGCUUUGCUGCUAGACCUGAACAGCUCCUUGGGUGCUCGGGUCAGUGAAGCACGGCAUACUGCACCAUCGGAGACUCUUGAGAGCAUACCCUAUCGUCUAGGCCCAGAGGUACAUGCUGUAAACCGAUGCCCGCAGGGUAUCGUAAACAAGUCUGUGUCAGUUCCAAAGCACUUAACUCACAGCACCGUCGAGCCCCAGCUUCUACGAGGCUUUGCCAACAUCACUCAGCUGCUAGAUGUUGUUGGACCUAUUGUCCCGUCUCGGCCAAUGAAAGGCGGCUUCACUGGAUUGCUAGAAAAAGAAACGACUGACCACAUUAGAGUGAAGGGAUGUGUGAGUAGAUUUCGGACCCAUCACAUCGACGCAAACCAACAUCGAAUGCAGACUACGACGAACACGACAAUCCAAAAAUGA